CUGAGGUGAAACUUGACAGUGAGAGAGGAAUACCCUGACGCCCCUCCACUACCGCGUCCUCCAAAUAAUUUCACCUCACACCCGAAUUUCCAUUUCCCUCUCCUGCACCGUCACUGCACCCAACCCAAGUGAACAAGCGGACCAGCGGUCAGACCACCCAUCAUGUCUCGCUUUUUCCACAGCAGCGACAGCUCGAGCGACAGCUCCUCCGGCGAGGAAGAACUCUACAAGUCCGACGCCGAAUCGUCCUCCGGCGAUGAAUCCGAAGAAUCGUCGGAAGAGGAAUCCGAAGAAUCGUCGGAGGAGGGGUCGGAAGAGUCCUCCAGUGAUGAAGAAGAUGGCGAGACCGGGUUAAACCGGUUCUUGAAGGAUAAAGAAGAGAGCGAGGAGGAGAGUAGCGAUGAGGAAGGGAAAAUCACCAUUGUCAAGAGCCAGAAGGACAAGCGGUACGAUGAGUUGGAGGCGACCAUCCGACUCAUCGAGAAUGCGGAGAAGAUUAAUGACUGGGCGGUGAUCUCUUCUGAAUUUGACAAGCUGAAUCGCAUGAUCCCCAAUCUCAUCAAGCAAAAUGACGGAAAAGUCCCGAAAGUCUACGUCAAGGCGAUCGCCGACCUGGAGACGACCAUGCUCGAGACGAUCGAGAAGCAGAAGGUUUCCCCGAAGAAGAUGAACGCUAUCAACACUCGAGGACUGAACGCCGUUCGUCAGAAAGUCAAGAAAAAUAACAAGGACUACGCCAAAGAUGUCGAGGCAUACCGAGAGGACAAAGAUGGCUUCAUGGAGGAGACAGAAGUGGAGCAGAUCGUUCAACCGACCCGGAAACCAAAGCGGACGCCCUUGAACGUUGCGGAAGACAUGGUCGCUGGCGCAGACGACUCGGGCUUCACCAUGGUGGGUGCCGGUGGCCGAGCGGUGCAAUUCACACCCGAGAGCAUCUUGAAACACCUGCGGACCAUCGUGGAGGCGCGAGGCAAGAAGAACACGGAUCGCACCGAGCAGAUUCGCGUCAUGGAGAAGCUGCUGGAGGUGGCGGUCAACGACUACCAGCGGAUCCGGGUUCUGCUCACCGUGAUUUCCACUCGUUUUGACUUGACGUCAGGAGCGGGGAACCAUAUGCCGGUGGAUCAGUGGAAAUUGGCCGAGCAAGAUUUCGGUAACCUCCUGACCAUCCUCGAGACUAACCGCGACAUUGUGGUUAUCGAAGGCGCAGAGGAGUGGGAAGACGAUGAUAAGCAGCCAGUGUUCGUCGAGGGCGAACUCUUCAAAAUUCCCGGCAGCAUGGUCUCGUUCAUUGAGCGGUUAGACGACGAGCUCACGAGGUCGCUCCAGCAUAUUGACCCGCACACUGCAGAAUAUGUUGAGCGACUGGCUGAUGAGGGCGCUCUCUACAACAACAUCGUCCGCGCGCUUCUGUAUGUCGAGGUUUUGAAGAACAACCCCAAGCUCGAGGCGUCUCAAGAUUCCAUCAACCGAGUAGUCAUGCGCCGACUUGAGCAUGUCUACUUCAAGCCCUCGCAAGUCGUCAUCAUGCUCGAGGACAAUUGCUGGAAGGCAAUCCCUGCGGAGCUGGACUCGAAGAUCACCCCACGGGGCGAAUCAUCCGACACUGCUGCACUCGUCCGAACGCUCUGCACCUAUCUCUUCUCGAACAGCGAAGGCAUCAUUAGGGCGCGCGCCAUGCUAUGCCAGAUUUACUUCCUUGCCCUACACGACCAGUACUACAAGGCUCGAGACAUGAUGCUCAUGUCGCAUUUGCAAGAGGGCAUCAACAACUUCGACGUCAACACCCAGAUCCUCUACAACCGAACCCUCGUCCAGGUCGGUCUCUGUGCCUUCCGCGCAGGCCUGGUCUGGGAAUCUCAAACCGCCCUUCAGGAGAUCUGCGGCAGCAACCGACAGAAGGAGUUGCUUGCACAAGGUCUCCAACUGCAGCGAUAUUCGCAAAUCUCCCCGGAGCAAGAGCGUCUCGAACGCCAACGCCAACUCCCAUUCCACCUGCACAUCAAUCUCGAACUCCUCGAAUGCGUCUAUCUCACCUGCAGCAUGCUUCUCGAAAUCCCUCUUCUCGCGCAACUCGGCUCCUCUCCCGAAAUCAGGAAGCGCAUCAUCUCCAAGACCUUCCGUCGUCUCCUCGAGUACUACGAGCGACAGAUCUUCACCGGGCCACCGGAGAAUACCCGCGACCACGUCAUGCAGGCGUCAAAAGCCCUGGCCGCCGGCGAAUGGAAGCGAUCAUCCGAGCUUAUCAACGCCAUCAAGAUCUGGGACCUGAUGCCGCAGUCGGCCAAGAUCAAGGCCAGCCUCGCCGAGCAGAUCCAGCAGGAAGGUCUGCGGACGUACCUCUUCACCUACGCGCCCUACUACGACACCCUCUCCGUCUCCACCAUCGCCAGCAUGUUCGAGCUGAGCGAGAAGAACGUUGCCGCGGUCAUCAGCCGCAUGAUCUCGCACGAGGAGCUGCGCGCUGCGCUCGACCAGGUCACCGGUACUAUCAUCUUCCGCAAGGGCGUGGAGAUCUCGCGGCUGCAGAGCUUGGCGAUCACGCUGAGCGACAAGGCGAGCAUGCUGAUCGAGUCGAACGAGAAGGUGCUGGAGCAGAGAACAGGGAACCGGACGAAUCAGCCGAGGGGGCGGGGCCAGGGGAAGGGUCGAGGAGGAGGGGGAGAUCGUGGGGGAGAUCGCAAUUGAGUGGUUUGAAAGCAGUGUCAUAGGCACAAGGCGUUUUGAACUCGUUUUAAUAGCAUAACAUGAGCAUGAACGCGAUGCAUCGUAAGGUUCAUAGUAUGGUGCUCAAAAGGUUAGCUAGCUUCAUAGGUAGCCAUCAUUCGACUUUGACGUAUACAAUCCGUUGUCCCAUACCACGUGAUCAAAGGCGGUAGCGGAAUGGGGUUGGGUCGCAUCAAUUCCAAGUCGCCCUGUUGCGAUCCCACUUUGGAACGCUGGCGCUAGUUAUCAUGACAGCUAUUCCGUCUCGCAGUCGUUCUGCCCUUCCUCCUCGGUC